AUGUACGUCUCCCGCGAAAUCGUCAACAUCCAGGCUGGAGAGACCUUUUGGGAGAUGCUCUUGGCCGAGCAUGGCCUCGACAGCGAAGGCUUCUACAAAGGAAACGACGAGGUUUCACACCUCCAGCGAGCCGGUGUAUAUUUCGACCAAGUCGACCAUGCUGGUCCCACAAAAUACGUUCCACGUAGCGUUCAGGUCGACCUCGAGGCCGGUGUUUGCAACAAGAUCCAGAGUGGGCCCCUAGGCGCGUUGUUCCGACCAGACACGUUCGUCACAGCUGAAUCCGGAGCGGGCAACAACUGGGCAAAGGGCUGUGCCGAGCUCGUCGAUUCCAUCCUCGACAUCGUCCGCAAGCAAUCCGAGAGCUGCGAUGCCUUGCAAGGCUUCCAGGUCGUCCAGUCCCUCGGUGGUGGUACCGGUUCCGGUUUGGGAUCUCUGCUCUUGUCCAAGCUGCGCGAGGAAUACCCCGACAGAAUAGUAUCCACCUAUUCCAUCUUCCCAUCGCCCAAGGUGUCAGAAACAGUCGUCGAGCCAUACAACUCGCUCUUGUCAAUCCAUCAACUCGUCGAUAACGCCGAUCUCACUUUCUGCAUUGAUAACGAGGCCCUAUACGAGGUCUGCCAGAGAACCAUGAAGGUGUCCAACCCAGAGUUCACCCACCUCAACCAAGUCAUCGCGCGGGUCAUGUGCGGCGUGAGCACCAGCUUGCGUUUCCCUGGCCAACUCAAUGGAGACCUCCGCAAGCUUGGCAUGAACUUGAUCCCCUUCCCCCGCUUGCACUUCUUGAUGCCCAGCUAUGCGCCCAUGUACAACCCUACUGAUGCGGCCUAUCAGAGCAAUUCUGUCCCUGAGAUCACUAAAGCGCUUUUCGACCGCAAGAACUUGCUUGUCGCGUGUGACCCCCGAUUUGGUCGUUAUUUGACUGCUGCCACCAUUUUCCGUGGUAACAUUCCUUCUCGAGAAUAUGCUGUGCGCGACCUCCAAGUCAAGAACUCGCAGCAUUUCGUAGAGUGGAUUCCCGAUAACGUGUCGGUGUCGCUGGUCAAGGUUCCACCUGUUGGCCAGAAGCAUGCUGCUACCUGCUUGAGCAACUCGACCGCCAUUCAGGAAGUUUUCAAGCGCAACUUGGAUGCUUUCGCUGCCAUGUACAAGCGUCGUGCGUUCUUGCACUGGUACACUGGAGAAGGAAUGGACCCUAUGGAGUUCUCCGAGGCUGAGAGCAACGUGCAAGAUUUGAUUGCUGAAUACCAGCAAUACCAAGAAGCCAGCGCCGACGACGAAGAAGAGUACGAAGGAGAAUACGAAGAGCAAGCUGAAGAAGAACAAUAA